AUGACACUCUUUCAUUCGAUAGCUCCUGAUGGAACUCACAUCUUCCAGAACAGUAGAACCAAAAAUUAUCUUUACUUGAGUGGAAAUAGUGGUUUACAGGUGUCAGAUAGUUUACCAAGUGUUUAUUCCAAAUUAAAUAUUGGCAGUGCUCCCUCGGCUAUUUCAUGUAUUAUCGGUGUUAUUAAGUUAAAGAUUAACAAGUAUGUGAUUAUUGCUGAUAAGCACACGGUUACUGGGUCAGUUUUGGGUAAGGAAAUUGCACAUAUUGAUUCGUUUAAGAUCCUUCCUUUGAGUAAUGAUUUGGUGUCGAAAAAGGAUUCUGAAGAAUCAAGCUAUAUUGAUUUGUUACACCAGCACUUGACAAAGGCUACUUUGUUUUACUCUAUUGAUAAUGAGUACGAUUUGACGAACUCGUUGCAGAGACAAUUCACGUCAAAGCCGGUAAGUUAUGAUCAGAGAUUCUGGUGGAACGCGUACUUGUGUGAUGAGUUGGUAGAAGCAGCGGCCACUGACUUCGUCACGCCCAUUAUAUACGGUUACUUCAAGUCACACUCGGCAGAGUUUAAGGGCCACCAGUCGUUAGAAUUUGCGUUGGUAACCCGUCGUUCAGUUAAGAGAGCAGGUACUAGAUACUUCCGUCGUGGAAUAGAUGACGACGGUAACGUUGGUAAUUACAAUGAAACUGAACAAAUUUUAACUACACACGAUAGCCAGAUAUACUCAUAUAUUCAAACCAGAGGCUCCGUUCCAGUCUACUGGUGUGAAAUCAAUAACUUGAAGUAUAGACCAAACUUGGUGGUUUCUACAAAGUCAUCGUCUGAGGCCUCCCAGAAGCACUUUGCCGAACAAAUUGAAAAAUACGGUGAUAACUUUUGUGUUAAUCUUGUUAACCAGAAAGGGUAUGAAUUAGCUGUCAAGGAAGCAUAUGAGGGUGCGGUUGAAACUUUACCACCAAAUUUGGCUGACCAUGUCAAAUAUAUCUAUUUUGAUUUCCAUCACGAAUGCCGUAACAUGAGAUGGGAUAGAAUCAGUCUUUUGUUAGAACGUUUGAUUCAGUUGGGAUACACCAGUGAUAACUACUUCCAUUUUGAUUUGAGGUCAAGUUCUAUUUUAUCAACCCAAAAUAAGGUUGUCAGAACGAAUUGUAUGGACUGUUUGGAUCGUACCAAUGUUGUUCAAUCCACUCUCGGACGUUGGGUUUUACAAAAUCAAUUCAUCAAGUCUAAGUACUUACAAACAACAGAUGCUGCCCCAUGGGAAAUAUUAGACCCAGGUUUCAACUUAUUCUUCAUGAGUUUCUGGGCUGAUAAUGCAGAUGCAGUUUCAUUUGCUUACUCUGGUACUGGUGCUUUAAAGACUGAUUUCACCCGUCUUGGUAAAAGAACGCGUGGGGGAGCUGUGGCCGAUUUAAUCAACUCAAUAACUCGUUAUUACAGAAACAACUUGAAAGACGGUGCUCGUCAAGAUUCUUUCGAUUUAUUCCUAGGCAAUUACAGACCUUUCCGCGAUUCCCUUACAUCUCCUUUUAUUGACAGAAGACCCCCAUACAUUCAAUUGUUACCUUACUUGAUGUGUACUUCAUUGUUGGUCCUUUUCGCCAUUUUAUGGUAUCCAAAAGGCUCUAUCACUGAUUGGAAGAAUUUAUUAGUUGUGGGUGCUUGUAUUUUCUACAACGCUAAAAGUUUGACAUAUCUCAAUAAAAACGGUUAUCAAUUUGUCAACUGGCCUAAAUUAAACAAGUUAGAUUUCAUCAAAAAGGUCGAUGUUUUUGAUGGUGAAGGUAAAUUUACUGGCAUUAGAUAUGAAGAACAAGAUAACUUCAAGACUGUUGGAAAGAAAAAGAAUUAA